AUGGCGGCGGCGGCGGGAGCGGGGAGGGCGAGGGGGGCGAGCCUCGCGGCGGCGGUGCGGGCCGUGGCGGCGACGGCGCGUCCGGCUUCGAGUGCCGCUGCGGCGGCGGGGAUGAGCGUGGCGGCGCUGGUCGUGCAGGGGGAGGACACGCCAUUCGGGUCACUGGGGUGGUGGGCGUACGCGGGCACCUCCUGCUUCCUGGUGCUCUUCGCCGGGAUCAUGUCGGGCCUCACACUCGGGCUCAUGUCGCUCGGCCUCGUCGAACUGGAGAUCCUCCAGCGCAGCGGCACCGACUCGGAGAAGGCUCAGGCUGCUACUAUCCUUCCAGUUGUUCAAAAGCAGCACCAGCUUCUUGUCACCCUGCUACUGUGUAAUGCAGUUGCCAUGGAGGCUCUUCCUAUAUUCCUUGACAGAAUGUUUCAUCCUGUUGUUGCUGUUGUCUUGUCAGUGACAUUUGUUCUUGCUUUUGGAGAGGUUAUACCACAAGCAAUCUGUACCAGGUAUGGGUUGGCGGUGGGUGCUAACUUUGUAUGGCUUGUACGAAUCCUCAUGAUCAUGUGCUAUCCUAUUGCAUACCCUAUUGGGAAGCUUCUAGAUUGCGCUCUUGGGCAUAAUGAAUCAGCACUUUUUAGGCGAGCUCAAUUGAAGGCUCUCGUUUCCAUCCAUAGCAAAGAGGCUGGUAAGGGUGGAGAGCUUACACAUGAUGAGACUACAAUCAUAAGUGGAGCUUUGGACUUGACUGAAAAGACUGCUGAAGAAGCUAUGACACCUAUUGAAUCAACUUUCUCAUUAGAUGUGGACUCCAAGUUGGAUUGGGAAGCAAUUGGUAAAAUUCUUGCUCGGGGCCACAGCCGUGUGCCUGUGUACUCAGGAAACCCUAGAAAUGUUAUUGGGCUCCUAUUGGUGAAAAGUCUUUUGACAGUUCGUGCUGAAACAGAGACACCAGUUAGUGCAGUUUCCAUUAGAAGGAUUCCAAGGGUUCCGGCGGACAUGCCUUUGUAUGACAUACUGAAUGAGUUCCAGAAAGGGAGUAGUCAUAUGGCUGCUGUUGUGAAGGCUAAGCCCAAGACUGCACCACCUCCUGAACCAAACAGGGCAGCUGCUGGGGUAACACAGCUGACUACGCCCUUACUAUCCAAUGUUGAAGAAAGGGUGGAAAAUGUGGUUGUGGACAUUGAAGCACCACAGAGCAAGCAGGUUAAUGGAAACAAACCCCACUCAAUGCAGCAGAACGAUAAGCUGUCAACUGCAGUAGCUCGAUCAUCAGAGGAUAUAGAGGAGGGUGAGGUCAUUGGUAUAAUCACACUCGAAGACGUAUUUGAAGAACUCUUGCAGGAAGAGAUAGUGGAUGAGACUGAUGAAUAUGUUGAUGUUCACAAGAGAAUCCGGGUAGCUGCUGCUGCCGCUGCAUCAUCAGUUGCAAGGGCUCCAUCAGUUAGGAGAUUAACUGCUCAAAAGGCCUCAGGAGCACAAAGUAGGCAAGGACAGCCUACUGGAAUUUUGAAGAAGCCUACUGAAGGUGAUUCAAACCCGUCAAAACAGGUGAAUCUUGUUGAACCUCUUCUGGAAAAGAGGUAAUGUUGAUAUAUCGCAUAAAUAUAGCAUGGAAGCAUGUUGAGACAAUUUUCUGUUCUAGCUCAUAUUCAGUGAGCAGUAAAUAUGGGUGAACUCAGUUGUAAAUUUCAUCAGGAGUAACUUGAACCUUGUCAUGAACGUCACGUCAGUGACUCAGUGUUGAGUUCUUUUGGAUGUUGAUUAUGGUAGUAGAGUUUAGUUGCUGUUCUUGCAACUUUUGUAUCUGUUGAUCGCUGAAACAGUAGCAACUACUGCUCCCUGUGUUUUAAAAUAUAAGUCAUAUAAUUUUUGUUAACAGUCGAA